AUGACCGACCGAGCAUGGGACACAUUUCUCCUUCCUGCACCUAACCUCCAACUCUUCGAGGUCUACUUUCCUCACAUAGAAGAGCCCCUGUUUCUGGGUACGUUUUCGGCGGAUUCGACAAAGCGAUUAUUCGGAAAUCAUGCACCCCUCUUGCGCGAGUUUCAUGGGGACGGAGUCGACUUUUCCGUGGAUUCUGCAUGGCUGGCUAACCUCCACGAUAUAGCUGUGCCUUCUCGGCUGACGGUGCCCGAGAUAUUGGAGCUCCUACAGCAUAUGCCUCUGCUUGAAAGCUUUUUCAUUCCAUCCAGUGAUGCCACGGAGAACUGGGUACCGAUCGGUCUCUUCCCGCGCGUCGAUCUCCCAACUCUAACGGUUUUGCUACUCAGCAACACCUUACCGACAUGUUCGACGCUCCUGGAACACAUAUACCCAGCAACAUCUUGCUCUCUUUCGCUUACGACUAAUGCCUACUACAACCCAAGUCUGAUAACCAAGGGCGUUCUUCGUGCUAUCCGGGAACACUUACCCAGAUUUAUCCACAACUACUUUGCAACCCAUAAAAUACAACGCCUCAAAAUGCGCUUUCACGAUGACUUGUUUCACUUUGAAGACGAAUCACCUCGAUUGGCGCCUCAUAUAUUCUUCAACGUCUGCGUACGUACCAAGCCGGGAUCUAGCUCACUUCCUACAGAGUCAAUCCAUGACCUGUCCGAAUUGUUGUUCCCAAUCUUUGUCAAGUACGCUUCUGAUUCGCCAUCACACUUUUCGUCCGUCACUGGUCUAUCUCUUGAUAUGCGUCACCUCGAAACAUCCUCCCUGAAGCAUAUCUACUCACUACUAUGUGCACUCCCCGCCCUUCGGCGUCUUAGAACGAGUGAAGAUACCCUUGUUUUCCUCCUUUCCGUGGAGGAUCUCAGAAAGAAUGAUUCGAGUGCCACCAAACCGCCCAUUUUGUUUACGUCUCUCGGUGUUCUUCAGCUUACGUAUCUCGAUCCGGACCUAUUCACCCUUUCCGGACAUAAUCAUGGCUCACUCUUUCCAUUUCUCAAAGGCAGAGUAGAGGCCAACAAACCGAUUGACGUGCUCGACCUGAAGCUGUGUGGGCCGGAUACAUUACGGGAUAUGAAUUUUAUCGAUGAGAUGAAAGGGUUAGAGGUUCAGUGGACGGAGGACGAUGGCGAAUAUUCGUACAUCUGCGGCAGCGGUAUGCCUGACAGGCUAGAAUUUGGCACAAGAUUUGGUUGGAAUGUACACGAUCCAUUGACAUAG